GCGAGCGAGUUUUCAGCAGAUAAGGCGCGCGCCACUCCCACCACACGCAGACGCAGGCGUCCAAGGAAAACCCCAUCGAUGGGCAUGGGGACACUAGCCGUCGCCCACAAGCUCUCGCUCACCUCCGCCUUCCUCCCGCGCCACCGUCGGCCCUGCCGCUCCUCCUCUUCAUCCGCCCAGCACCCCCGUCGCCGGCGCCAUGGCGCGGUGGUGGCGUACAUGGAGCCGGACCCGAACUCGCCGGCGGCCAUCCUGGGCCGCAUCGUGGGGGCCCUCCCCGUGGUGGGCCUCGUGGCGCGCAUCCUGACCGACGACGGCGGCGUCGGCGGCGACACCGUGGACUUCGCCGAGUUCCGCCGCCGCGUCAGCAAGAAGUGCACCGUCAUGGACUCCCAGGCCUUCUACGACUUCAACGACCGCCGCGGCAAGGUAGGAGAUCCUUUCUACGUUCUGCUCUGCUGCUGGCUGGCCGCCGUCGGCGCCGGGCUGCUGAAAACAGAGGAGAUCCUGGAAGGCGUGGCGCGUCUCCGCAUGUCCAGCGACAUCGAGUACGAGGAGGAGACCUUCCUCGACAUGAUGAAGAUCGCAAGGGAGAAACGAGCGAAAUCGAAGGGGCAAGCGCCGCAGAUACCCAUGGAGGUGCGGGCGGAGAAGGCCCUGGAGGCCAUCUACGUGUGCUGCUUCGGGCAGGACAUGGUGGAACCGGAGGACGAGAAGCUCCUGUGCACGAUGCUGAACGCGGUGUUCCCGUCGGUGGGGAGGCCGGCGGUGGAGAGGAUGGUAUCCGCCAUGGCGAAGCAAGUGGCGGAUGGCGAGAGGUUGGUGUCCGCCAAGGUCGUGUCCAAGGAGGUGGUGCAGCGGCAGCUCAAGGAUCUGGAGUUCCUGCAGCAGAACAAGCUGGACUCGAUAUGAGACGGCGGACAUUUUUGUCAGAUAGAUCAAUCGACCGAUGGUGUGUUAUUCAGUCUGAGGAACAGAUGGAUGGAGAAUGAGUUUCAACUAGGCGUGGUAGGAGGAUAAGAUGCCAGCCAUUAUACGUGCGUUGCUGCAAUUUGCACACUGGAAACAAUAUUCUUGAUGUAAUUCUCCUCGGCUCCUUCUGGUGUCGCAGUGUGAUGUGCGUUAUCAGACGAUGAGACGAGUUAGGAAUAACAAUGUUUUAGCUUCAGUUUUCUAGGUUCUUAUUCAAAUACUAUCAUAAGAUUCUUAUGUACCCAGUACUCAAAA